GCCUGACGGAGGAUGAGGACGUGCGCGCCAUGCUGCGGGGCUCCCGGCUCCGCAAGAUCCGCUCGCGCACGUGGCAGCAGGAGCGGCUGUACCGGCUGCAGGAGGACGGCCUGAGCGUGUGGUUCCAGCGGCGCGUCCAGCGUGCGCCGUCGAAGCACAUCUGGCGGGGCCCGGCCUGUCGCUGCGGUUUCCUGAGCGCCCACACCUGGAUCCACUCUUACCUGCACCGUGCGGACUCCGACCAGGACAGCAAGAUGAGCUUCAAGGAGAUCAAGAGCUUGCUCAGGAUGGUCAACGUGGACAUGAACGACAUGUACGCCUACCGCCUGUUCAAGGAGUGUGAUCACUCCAACAAUGAGCGACUGGAGGGCGCUGAGAUCGAGGAGUUCCUGCGACAGCUACUGAAGCGCCCGGAGCUGGAGGAGAUCUUCCACCACUACUCAGGUGAGGACCGCGUGCUGAGUGCCCCGGAGCUGCUGGAGUUCCUGGAGGACCAGGGCGAGGACGGCGCCACGCUGGCCCGCGCCCAACAGCUCAUCCAGAUGCACGAGCUCAACGAGACAGCCAAGCAACACGAGCUGAUGACGCUGGACGGUUUCAUGAUGUACUUGCUGUCACCUGAGGGGGCCGCCCUGGACGAGGCCCACACACGCGUGUUCCAGGACAUGAGCCAGCCGCUGGCCCAUUACUUCAUCUCUUCCUCCCACAACACCUACCUGACUGACUCCCAGAUCGGGGGGCUCAGCAGCACCGAGGCCUACGUGAGGGCCUUUGCCCAGGGAUGCCGCUGCGUGGAGCUGGACUGCUGGGAGGGCCCAGGAGGGGAGCCUGUCAUCUACCACGGCCACACCCUCACCUCCAAGAUCCUCUUCCGGGACGUUGUGCAAGCCGUGCAUGACCACGCCUUCACGCUGUCCCCAUACCCUGUGAUCCUGUCCCUCGAGAACCACUGCGGGCUGGAGCAGCAGGCUGCCAUGGCCCGCCACCUCCGCACCAUCCUGGGGGACAUGCUGGUGACACAGGCGCUGGACUCCCAGAGCCCCGAGGAGCUGCCAUCCCCAGAGCAGCUGAAAGGCCGGGUCUUGGUGAAGGGGAAGAAGCUGCCCACCCACCGGAGCGAGGAUGACCGGGCUGUGUCAGACCUGGAGGAGGAAGAGGAGGAAGAGGAGGAGGAAGAAGAGGCGGAGGCCACAGAGCAGAGGCGGCUGGCCAAGCAAAUCUCCCCGGAGCUGUCGGCCCUGGCUGUGUACUGCCAAGCCACCCGUCUGCGGACCCUGCCCCCCACGCCUGGUGUCCCCCAGCCCUGCCAGGUCAGCUCCUUCAGCGAGCGCAAAGCCAAGAAGUUCAUCCGGGAGGCAGGGAACAGCUUCGUCCGGCACAACGCUCGCCAGCUGACCCGGGUGUAUCCGCUGGGUCUUCGGAUGAACUCUGCCAACUACAGUCCCCAGGAGAUGUGGAACGCCGGCUGCCAGAUGGUGGCCCUGAACUUCCAGACACCGGGCUAUGAGAUGGACCUCAAUGCGGGGCGCUUCCUGGUCAACGGGCAGUGCGGCUACAUCCUGAAGCCCGCCUGCCUGCGGCAGCCCGACACAACCUUUGACCCCGAGUGUCCCGGAACCCCCAGGACCACUCUCACCAUCCAGAAAGCGCUGGCCACCCUGCUCUCAGGCCACGCCGGGAGUGUCGUCUGGUUCUGA